AUGGCCCAACCAAGCUCCACAGUCCACAUUCCUCAACCCCCACCCGUCCUGGACAACGUCCUACUCAAGGACAUUCAGCUCCCCCUCCCUGCAGCCCCAGAGGCCUGGCACCGUCCUGGCAAAGCCCAACCCUGUACCGCAAGCCUGAAACUUUCCUAUUCCUCCGCCAUUGCCUCCGCCGACACAGACAGCGUCUCCCUCUCCAUCGAUUACGGAAAGCUCUUCCGCCGCCUCGAAUCCGAUGUCCGCAACAUGGACGCUGCCUCUUCCCCGGAGCAGCCCCAUAUAGUAAGCUUGGACGGAACGCAGCGCGAAGAUAUGAAAAUCAGUGAUGUGGGCCAGGAUCCGCGCGUGACGGCGGGGAUUGUCGCGAAUGCGGGGCUAGGAAUGCUAGAUGAGACGGCAGCGGGAGUGCGGCGGAUGGCGCAUGUGCAGCCGAGCCCGCGGAAUGGAUUCUCGGGAGCCGGCAAUCUGAGUGCGACGCCAGCCACUUAUCCGAUCGAGGCGGAGUAUGGAAAGUGUGAAGUCUGGUUGCAUUUCCCGAAGGCGUUGUUGCGGGCCGAGGAGGGAUUGCGGUAUCGCAGUGUGACAGCUUGGGGAUACAAGCAGAGCGAUUUGCAGCAGAGGUGCCAGGUUGUAGUGGAGGAAGAGUUCCGCAUUGAGGGGAUUCGCUGCCAUUGUAUCUUGGGCGUGAAUGCGCACGAGCGUGUUGAGAAACAGGCGGUGAUUGUUUCGCUUCUGGUUACUGGGCCUGGACAAUUGGCCUGGGGCUCAACUGUUGUGGAGACUUAUCAGGCUAUGACGAGGGCUGUGGCUGAGCAAGUCGAUAAUACUACAUUCCAGACUGUGGAGGCGUUGGCCACUUUGGUGGCUCACAUUGCGACAGUAGAAUUUGGGAAUGAGCGGGUGACUGUUAGAGUUGAGAAGCCCAGUGCAUUGGCAUUUGUCCAGAGAUCGGGAGUUGAGAUCACCCGAUCCAAGGCAUUCUUCCAGAACCACGAGGUUAAUCGCUCAUCAUCGGUAGCCGCCUCUUGA